GGCUGCACUACUGAAAAUGGUUUGCUUCUUUCUAGUAAAUCUCAUUCUCCUUAGAGCCCUGGUCGAAUCAUCACUUGAGGGUGCACUAUUAAGCAUGGGUCGCUGUUAUUUGGAUGGAGAAGAUUGCAAAAAGAUUGAACAGUACAUGACUGCUUCUUUUUUGACAAGGACAUGCCUCUCGUCUCUUGCAUUUUUAAUUACAAGCAGUUUCUUGGGUAUAUCUUUUGAUUUAUUAGCUCCAAUUCCUUGGAUUAAGAAGCAGCUUCAAAAAUUUCGAAAAAAUGAUAUGCUUCAGCUGGUACCAGAAAGGAGCGAGGACUAUCCUUUGGAAAAUCAAGACAUUGAUAGCUUGGAGAGGCCUCUAAUUCAUGAAAGGAGUUCAACUGUGGUUGACAGCAGUGGAUUUUUAAAUGAUUCCUCUCCAGAUGGAAUUGAUUUCCCAGGACAAGAUUUGUCUGAAUAUCCUCCAGUCAGCCGAACCUCACCAGUUCCAAAGCCAAAGUUUGAUUUUGCGCAAUAUUAUGCUUUCAAUUUGACAAUAUUCGCCCUGACCCUGAUCUAUUGUUCAUUUGCUCCUCUCGUGGUUCCUGUUGGUGCAGUUUACUUUGGGUACAGAUAUGUGGUUGACAAGUACAACUUCCUGUUUGUAUACAGAGUGCGCGGUUUCCCUGCCGGUAAUGAUGGGAGGUUGAUGGAUACUGUAUUAAGUAUCAUGAGGUUUUGUGUUGACUUGUUUCUCCUGGCAAUGCUACUUUUCUUUUCUGUACGAGGAGACUCAACAAAGCUUCAAGCCAUAUUCACACUCGGGUUGUUAGUGAUGUAUAAAAUUUUGCCUUCUGAUAAUGAUGCUUUUCAGCCAGCUCUAUUACAAGGCAUACAGACUGUUGACAACAUUGUUGAAGGGCCGACUGAUUAUGAGGUGUUCUCACAACCUACAUUUGACUGGGAUACAUAUAAUUCAUGACUUGUGCAUAAAACCAAACAUUUGUCUUGAGAUUUGUAUAUAUGUUUAUUUGUUAUUGGAUGUGUUUCUGCAUCUAUCAAAUCUCUCGUUCUCUGUU